GGCCCAGGCCGGGGCCGUUUGUGACCCAGGCGGGGCGAGGAAGCCGGGCGCGGGCGGGCGGGCCUGGGCCUGGGCCCCGGCGGGGCGGGGCGGGACCAUGUCUGCUGAGGGCUCCGUCCCCCCGCCCGACGAGCCGGCCUCAGUGGCCGAGCUGGGCCUGCCCCCGCUGCGGGAGCGGGAGCCCGAGCGAGCCGGCGCCCGAGGGGAGCCGCCGCAGCCGCCGCCGCCCGCGCCCCUGGGCCACAGCGUGCCCCAGGCGGCCGUGGCCGUGAAGCCCCUCGGACUGCCCCUGGCCCACAAGCCUCCGGAGCCGGGGAGCCCCCCGGGGCCCGGCGACGACGAAGACGACGCCGACGGCGAGGGCGACGAGGACGACGGCGACGGGCCGGCCGCGCGGGAGCGGCCCCGGGCCCCGCCGCCCAAGGAGAACCCCUGGACCAAGAAGCCGCCGCCGCCUCCGUCCGCGCUGCUGCUGCCAGCCGUGGUGGCCGCCGCGCCGGGCCCGGCCCCGGGCCAGCCCCCGGCCGCCGCCGCGCCUCCGCCGCCGCCGCCGCUGCUGCUGCUGGCCGAGCCCGCCGAGGCAGAACUAAGUUCCGCAAAAAUUAUAAAAGCAGGAAAACCCAAGACAAAGAAAACCAACAAGGCUAGUGAUUUCAGUGACAUCACAAAUUGGCCAACACCAAGCGAAUUAGUGAACAAUGAAUGCCAGAAUGUUACCAGUCAACCGAGUAAGAAGCCACAGAACAGAAGAGAAAAGGAAGAGAAGAUUGAGAAGAGAGCUGCCAGUGACAGUAAAGAGACCCGGGAAGCAAAGCUUGAUGGCCCUGCAGAGACCGUCAGUGAGGACGAGGCCCAGGCGAAUAGUCAAAGAAAGAGAGCUAAUAAGCACAAGUGGGUACCACUUCAUUUAGAUGAUGUAAGACCUGAUAGCCAAGAAAGACCAGGAUCACGGAACAGCUCAAGAUCUCAACCAGAAGCAAAUAAGUCAGCGCAUAACAACCGACGAAAUGACUCACGAAGUUGGAGACGUGAUAGAGAAAAGCGAGAUGAUCAGGAUGAAGUUUCCAGUGUGCGAAGUGAAGGGGGUAAUAUUCGAGGUUGCUUUAGAGGUCGAGGAAGAGGACGUGGCCGAGGAAGAGGACGAGGCAGAGGAAACCCUCGAAUGAACUUUGAAUAUUCAUAUGGUUAUCGAGAACAACAUGGUGAAAGAACUGAUCAGCCAUUUCAACCAGAACUUAACACUAGCAUGAUGUAUUACUAUGAUGAUGGUACAGGAGUUCAGAUGUAUUCUGUGGACGAAACAUUGCUCAAAGAAUACAUUAAGCGGCAAAUUGAAUAUUACUUCAGUAUAGAAAAUUUGGAACGGGACUUCUUUCUUAGAAGGAAGAUGGAUGAACAAGGUUUCUUGCCUAUUUCUCUGAUUGCCAGUUUCCACCGUGUUCAGGCCCUGACUACAAAUGUUAAUCUCAUUUUAGAGGCUUUGAAAGACAGUACAGAAGUGGAAAUAGUGGACCAGAAGAUGAGGAAAAAGGUGGAACCAGAAAAAUGGCCAAUUCCUGGCCCUCCUCCACGUAAUGUGCCACAAACUGACUUCUCUCAGCUCAUCGACUGCCCAGAGUUCAUACCAGGCAAAGCCUUUGGCUCACAUACUGAGUCUGCCCCAAGUUCUCCAAGAAUGGGAAGUCCAUUGAGUCCAAAGAAAAAUAUUGAAACAAGUAACCUUCAAACAAUGUCUAGAGGGUUGUCUACCAGCUUGCCUGAUCUGGACUCGGAGCCUUGGAUAGAAGUAAAAAAGAGGCAUCGUCCAUCCCCAGUUAAAUUAAAGGAAUCGGUGGCCACACCUGAAGAAGCAUCCAGUCAGCCCCAGCAGCUUUCAGAGGAGCAAGAACAAGAAGAGCUUGACUUUCUGUUUGAUGAAGAAAUGGAGCAAAUAGAGGGACGAAAAAACACGUUUACUGAUUGGUCUGACAACGAUUCAGAUUAUGAAAUUGAUGACCAGGAUUUAAACAAGAUCUUGAUUGUGACUCAGACACCACCUUAUAUGCGGAAGCAUCCUGGUGGAGACCGCACAGGCAACCAUGUGUCCCGUGCAAAAAUCACAUCAGAACUUGCGAAAGUCAUCAAUGAUGGCUUGUAUUAUUAUGAACAAGAUUUGUGGAUGGAAGAAGAUGAAAAUGAACAUGCAACAAUGAAGCAAGAAGUUGAAAACUUUAAGAAGCUAAAUCUAAUUAGUAAAGAGCAAUUUGAGAAUCUAGCACCUGAACCUCCCUUUGAGCCAAAUCUAGACGUUCCUGUAGGACCUUCACAGUCUCAGCAAGAUUUGACUGAUGAACUGGCUCAUAAAUUAUUUGGUAUUUCAGAAGUGUCUUCAACAGCACUGGCUCGUUCCUUGCCAACAGCAGUCCCAGAGUCUCCGAGAGUUCACCCUGCAAGAGCACCCAAGACGCCGCGUACGCCCAGACUACAAGACCCAAACAAGACGCCGAGGUUUUACCCUGUUGUGAAGGAGCCAAAAGCCAUCGAUGUGAAGAUUCCAAGAAAGAGAAAAACACGGCACAGUACAAACCCCCCUCUAGAGUGUCAUGUUGGUUGGGUCAUGGACUCCAGAGAUCACAGGCCAAGAACGUCUUCUGUCAGUAGUUCAAAUGCUUCACCUUCAGAAGGUGCACCACUGGUAGGAAGCUAUGGAUGUACCCCUCAUUCUCUCCCAAAAUUCCAGCAUCCUUCUCAUGAACUUUUGAAGGAAAAUGGCUUUACUCAACAAGUAUAUCAUAAAUAUCGUCGAAGGUGCCUAAAUGAGAGAAAACGCUUGGGAAUUGGCCAGUCCCAAGAAAUGAAUACCCUCUUUCGUUUCUGGUCCUUUUUUCUCAGAGACCACUUCAAUAAGAAAAUGUACGAGGAAUUUAGACAACUUGCUUGGGAUGAUGCAAAAGAAAACUACAGAUAUGGGCUAGAAUGUCUGUUCAGGUUUUAUAGUUAUGGACUGGAAAAAAAAUUCAGACAAGAGAUCUUCAAGGAUUUCCAAGAAGAAACCAAAAAAGACUAUGAAUCAGGUCAGCUGUAUGGACUGGAAAAGUUUUGGGCUUACCUAAAAUACUCCCAAUCUAAGACUCAGUCUGUUGACCCAAAACUUCAGGAAUACCUCUGUAGUUUUAAGAGGUUGGAAGACUUCCGAGUUGAUCCUCCUAUUAGUGAAGAAUUUGGGAGGAAAAGACAUUCUUCAGCUUCUACUGGAGAGGAAAGUAGUCGCCGUAGACCUCCGUCCAGUUCUUCUUCAAAGCCACUCAGUGCUGCCAAACCUGCUGCUGCCCACCAGCCUCAGGUCCCAAUAAACUCUCCCCGAAGGAAAGCUUCGCAGGAGUCCCUUGACACUUUACCCCAGAACGGCGCGGCCUCAGAGUCAGCAGAUGGCAAGAUGCCCGAGAAAUAGACUCUUGUGAAAGCUGUUUGCCCUUGAAAUCAGCAUUUACAUCAGUAUUUUAUUUCAAGGAUCUUUGGGGAAAAUGUUUUCAUGCUUGAUUAUGGGGUUGGAACAAAGAAAAGGGAAGACAAAGGGUAGCGUCUCCUAACACGAGAGAAAUUCCAGACGUUUUCCCCUGAUUUCUAAUGAAGUAGGUUAGGUUCGGGGACCUUCAGUAGAGAUCCUCUAGUAAUGUCUUUUGGUUUCAGUAUUUCUGUCUUAGAGCUAUUGUUUACAAAAUCUGCAUUCCCUUAUUAUACAUGCAGCAACCAGAAUGGGAAUGCCUUACAUUUCAGCUCAUGCUUCUUAAAGAAGAGAGAGUUUGUUUUAUUCACCUCAGCCACAGAGCUUUCUUCACCCAUUUUCCCCAUUAUCAACUAAUAUUUGUACUUUAUCAGAGACAAAGGAAAAUUACGUGUGUAUAUUUUAAAUUCAGAAAGAGGAUCUGAAGCAAUAUGUUCACUCCCGGAUAUAUAAAUAUUAAAGGAAACCUUUUUUUACACAAGUGACAGUACAGGGGAGGACCUGCAGUUACAUUGAAGUGUACGCACUUUGGGUGCUGGGGCUUUGCUUUUUGGUGUGUAUGUUUUUGGGGGUGGGGGGUGGGAAACAUAUUCAAGAUCUCCAUAGUUAGUGUUGUAUUGGGUAUGAAGUUGACAUCUAUCUGCUGGUUAAGUUUUAGGAGAGAUUUGCUUUUUAAAUUGAUUCUUAUUUACGAACUUGAGCAAGUAAUUGAGAACUGGUUUAGGGCUGAUUUGAGUAUUGUCCUAAAUUCAUUAAAUCUUGCACUACUUUAAAUACAUCUGCUGUUUAUACAUCUGCAGGUGGGUAAUAUGACAGUGAGAUUAUCCUCAAUUUAAGAGGUAUUUCGUUUUUCCAUUUUGUUUCUUUUAAUCCUUAUUUUGUGCUCAUAAAGUGUUUACAAGAGAGUUAUAGCAGAUUGAUUUCUAACUUUUCUUUUUUUUUUGUCAUUUCAACUGAUGUAAAUGAUAGUUUCAGUUUAUUUUGUGGGAAAUUAAAAAAUAAAGCACUCAUUCUGAAUUGAUUCUAAAUUGAUUUUUAAUUUUUUUUCUGUUAAGAGUAUAUUUAUUUGAAAAGCUGGAAUUUAAACUUUUUGUUAAGGGGAUAACUUCAUUCUGUGAGAGUUAAGUCUUAAUGGCAACCUCAUGAUAAUCCAUUUUUACAUUUAACAGUUUUAUUCAAAUACAUUUUGGUGUUUUACAAGCAA